AAGCUCUUUCCUCUCGCCUUCCCUCGGACGGGGAGUAUCCUCUCGGCGGUGCAAGCGAUCACGAUAUCCUCGCGAAAAGAGGGGGUUAUCCUCGACUUUCUUUUUUGGAGUACUCUUCGAUGUCUGAGAACCCCACCCCGAGGAAGAUGGAAGAAAGCUGUUUUACUCUGCGGUAUAAGAGAGGUUGGUUGAAUGGAUGGUACCUCAUCUCAACGUAACAAUGCACUUCCAAGUCUUCGCCCUCUUCUUCUUUGCUCUCGUCGCCGCUGUUGUCGCGGCGCCCGUGAAACGGGAAACAAACGCCCAACGUUUUGCGAAGGGGCUCCCUCCUCUCAAGCCGUGGUAUCUGUAUAAGCCGAGCGCGACAAGUCCUAUGAACAUCCCUUCUGGUGUGCCAUCCGGGAAACCAUCUGGUGUACCGUACAGCAAACCGUCUGGCAUACCGUGGGGCAAACCGUCUGGCAUACCUUACGGCAAACCUUCAGGUAUCCCCUACGGCAGACCAUCUGGUAUACCCUCCAGCAGACCUUCUGGUUGGCCGAGAAAAUAGACGUGAAAGUCAAUUGGUGUCGACUCUUUCUAAAUUUUGUUCCCCGAUUUUAGUUGGACUCCUUAUAUUUAUAUUCAUUUCCUUCCACACC